AAGCCCUUGGGCAAGGCAGUCUGAGUAACACCUAAAAGGGGCUGCCACUGACAGUGGAGCAGAGAAGGGACAAUGGCAGGGGUCUGGAGGGCACUCGUGCUGGUGGUAGGCUUGGCAGCAAUGGCCUGUGUGGCCCAACGCAGUGCAAGCUAUGAAGAGAUUGUCACGGAGGCCUUGCAGAUCUUCAAUCAUGGACAACGAGGACAGCCUCUCUUUGGCCUGCUGGAAGCCCUCCCACCGCCUAGUUCGAGCUCCACCACCAAGACAUUGCUCAACUUCAGGAUUAAAGAGACGGUGUGCCUUUCAGAGGGCCAGCAGAGACAACCCCAAGAAUGUGCCUUCAAAGAGGGCGGAGAAGAGCGGAACUGCACUGGUGUCUUCGCCAUCCGGCAGCAUUACCGCAUCCUGUUGGUCAACUGCCGCCCGCGCCAGCCAGAGGUCCUCCGCAAGAAACGUUCUGCUGGGUCCUCGGAGGCAGCCGCUUCGGAGGUCGACACAUCUAAGCUGCCACCUGUGGUCAGAGACAUGUAUGAGAAAGCCAAAUACGACAUCAUCGCCAACAUCCUGAGAAAUUUCUAGGGCUGGAGAAGGGAAAGGAGGCUCUGUAUCCCCACCACGACCCCCUCUUCCCACCUGCCCACCCCCUCUGCUGCCCUCAGCACCCCCUUUCUACAGAGUCGGAGCCCAUCCACACUCCUCUGCCUUUGCACACCUGCUUCCCUCUGUCUGGAUUCCUGCCCAUCCUGUGUCUUGGUAAAUCCUACUCAUUCUUCAAAGCACAGCUCCAAAGUCACCUCCUCCAUGAAGCCUCCCUGCUUGCUCUGUCCUGGGCAGAAGUCUCUUUCCCAUCAGUGAGGGUGAUGGGAAUGAUGACCUCAUCUGAGCAUUUACCACCCUCAAACCAUACUGGCACUAGCUGCUGUGCCCCUGGCCAGACAGCACUGUGUCUGCUCACAGCUGGGCCUUCCCAAGCCAGCUGCAGGUGACUGUGGAAUGACUUUCCCAUCCAGGCACUCCUAGAAUCCUGGGAGGGCAGUUCCUUUUGUACAGGACCCUGAGCACCCCUGCUCCCUGCCCAGUCACUAUGACAACUAAAUGUCCCUUCCAGGAACCUCCAAGGGGGUCAGUCUGCUCCCUGGUGAGAACCACAGGAGAGAGUCUCAAUAAAAUGUUUCUGAAAUAAA